AUGCGAAAACCAUAUGAAAAAGAAAGGAUUUGCCAAGAAUAUGCAGACUUUGGAAAGGAAACAUUCAAAGCAAUAGGUGUUAUUCUUUACAGCCAGAAAUUCUCCACUGGAACAUUUGAAGAAAUAAAUGCUGUUACUGAUGAAAUGGUAAAGCUGGCCGACAAAUGCUGUGCAGAAGAAGCUAGUCCUGACUGCUAUGAUACUGUGGCCACUAAAAUGUCUGAAAUCUCCUGUGGAAAAGAUUCGCCAUUUCCAAAACAUCCAGAAAUCUGCAAGUGUUGUGGUGAAAAGGGCCUGGAGAGAAAAUUGUGCUUGGCUGCUUUGCGUGUUACUUCUGAGGAGCUGCCUUCUCUCCAAGAGUCCUCAAAUGAUGAGAUAUGCAAGCAAUUUAAACAGGAUCCAAAAGGAUAUUCUUUAAGGUACGUGAUUGCAAAAGGUAUAAAAACAGAAUUGACCACAUAUUAUGGACAAAUCAUGAAUGGCUCAUUUGAAGAGGUCUCACCAAUAGCCAGCUAUCUUCAAGAAGGACUCUCAAACUGCUGUUUAGAUCCACAGCCUGAUUGUCUUAUGAAGAAGGUGAGAAAAGCUUACUGUGUAUACUUGUUUGAGAUUGGAAGAAGGCACUAUCAUGUCUCCGUUCCAGUUCUAGCUUCUGUUUUUGCGGACAUCAAAAAGAUAGUGGAU